AUGCCGCACUUUAGCUCUCGAAUACCCAGGAUGCCCCUGAGUAGGCGCCCUUCAAGUGUGCCUGCAGACAGGUACAUCUCCUCAAGGGCCAUUCGAGUGAUCGUGAAGACACCAGGCAGCCAGAAAGACUUUACAGUACCUGAUGCUAUCUCAGUGAAGCAGUUCAAGGAGAAGCUGUCUAUUUACUUCAAAUGCCAAAAGGACCAGCUAGUGCUGGUCUUCAUGGGUCGUCUUCUCAAAGACCAUGACACGCUGAGGCAGCGGGGCAUCAUAGACGGCCACACUAUCCACCUGGUCAUCAGGUCCAAACUUAACUCCAGAUCCUUGGUCCAUUCCUCCGGGAACCUCUCAGCCAGUGAGCACCAGGACAGACACGUCAAAGGAAACGGCAGUGGGGUGUGUCAAUCUGCUGGCAGGAGCCAAGCCAAAGUGGAAUCAGCUCUCCCCGUGGACUCUGAUGCACCCAGGGCAGUGGGCAGUCCAGAGCACAUCGAGCAGAUGCUGGAGAACCCAAGCGUCCAGAGACUGCUAUCCAGUAUGGAGUUCAUGCAGCAACUAGUCUCGGAACACCCGGACAUGCAGCAGCUGGUAAAGCAGAACCCCGAACUCUCCCAUCUCCUCGACAGUUCCGAGAUCCUAGGGCAGACUUUGGAACUGGUCAGGUACCUAGCCAUCAUUCAGGAGAUAAUGCAGCUCCAGCACCCUGCACAGAACCUUGAGCCGCCGCUAAAUCCACAGCCAUUUCUGGGCUUGGAGACAAUUCCAUGUGGGAGCAAUGCUGUGGGCCACAGCCACGCUGAGAUCAAGGGCCAAAUACUUAACAGCAGACAAGAUGCGGGAGUUAACCCGUUUACAGCUCUUUUGGCAGGACAGGUGCUAGAACAAGUCCGGUCUCCACCUCCACCUCCACCCUCAUCCCGGGAGCCACGCAACCAGCUCCUCUGGCCUGGACUCACUUACGAUAAGAGUUCUUGUGGUUUCUCCUCGCUUACCUCAAACAAUGCCACCCCCAGCCGGGCCAAUCAUACUUCUAGGGGAAAUCUUGCUCCAAUCAACAACAGAGGUCAAAGCCAUCUCUGUAUGGCUCAGCAGCCCUCUGGGAUGCCAGAUUUGCCUAGCACAGAAGUCACCCAGGAGCCCUGGGCACGUGAGCAGGAUGCCGCUAUCUCUCUGGGUAGCCCGGACCAGGGGUUAGAGAAAGAUGUGAAGCUUUCAAAGGAGCAGGCACACUCUCAGGCCACAGGAGGCUUGAUGAGGUUGCUUAAGAACCAGCCCCACAUGGCAGCUCAAAUGAUGCUGUUCAUGAGCGUGCCCCAGCUGAGCAGUGAGCGGAGGCAGCAGCUGCCCGCUUCCUGCCCGCCCGCGCAGCUGGCCGACCUGCUGCUAGCCUUAGCCAAUCCGAAAGCAUCACAAGCCAUAUUACAGAUCGAGCAUGGGCUGCAGCUGCUGGCUACGGAGGCCCCCAUCCUUCUGCCUUGGGUUGAGCCUUGUCUGUGGAACCUCGGUUGGCUUUCUGGCCCCAGCUGCAGCUACCCUGACACCUGGACCAUACCAGAUAUGGCUGAGCCUAAGCGGCCUGAGUGCUGCCAGAAAUCUGGAACCAUCCAGCAGAGGUUAUAGCCCCUAUCUAUAGCACCUUCCCACACUCUCCCAGCCUCUGCGGUUGGUUACAGCCAGGAGAAGGAGUGUCUCCAGGCCACGGUGUUUGUGAAUCAUCAUGCUAAUCUGCAAGCACGCAUUGCUAAAGGCCACACCAAUGCGGCCAUUUGCAAGCUCAAGAGACUCCAGGGAUUAUGA